AGCGCAUCCACAAGGUGUUAUAUUUUUUAUAUUCAUUACAUACCUAACAAUAUAAAAAAAAAAUUUGAAUUGCCCGACCAUUGCAAGGUAGACCCAUUUUUGUAUUAAUUUGUUUGGGCUAUUCGGACUUAUAUCCUGCCAUUUUCUUUCAGUAAUUCUCUUUUAGCUUCACUUUAUCGCCAUUGUCACCACUUUGUUAUUUUCCAAACACAUGUUUUUAAAUAAAACCACCUUCCAAAGAGCUACGAAGUAAGUGAUUCAAUGAACAAUGUGAGCCUCAAAUACUUAAAAUUCCGAUUGGAUAAAUCCCAAGAGAAAAAAAUUACAAGAUAUUUUCUCAUACCUCAAAAUUCUUGAUUUUUUUUAUUGCAUAUCAUUAAAAAUUGUAUUUCCCAAUCAUCUGUAUAAUUUAGAAAUAAAUUCAAAAUAUGAUAUAAAUGACAUUUAUUAUAUUCUAACAACACUACAUAAAACUACACACCAAAAACUACUAAUAUACACACACUACAAAAUGUUUUCAAAAGGAAUAAUUAGGCUUACAAAAAAACAAAUUAAAUUACAAAAGUGUAAUAUUGCUGACAUUUGCGGAGGACAAAAUAUAAGAAAAGGUUUGGUUGUUGGUGUGUAUGAAGACUGUGGAAGUAAUGCACUAAAACUGUCACCAGCGGGAAAUAAGUUUGAUGUUGAAAGUGGAGGAAGAAUUUCAGAAAUUAUUAAAGGAACAGAUAUGAGUUUAGGAAAAGUGAAAGUAAUCAAUAAUCUUGGAACAGAUUUCUACGCUGUGGCUGUAGCAGGAACUGGUGCAGAUUCAGCUUGUUAUAAUGAAAAUGAAACGUUGGACGAAUGUAAAGAAAACAUAAGGAUCAGUUCUGCUGUUGGAGCACAAGCACUCCAAGAAAUGGGUUGUGCCGAAAUACUGGUCGAUGGAUAUACCAAUACUGAAGCAGCCGCAGAAGGUUCAUCAUUAGGAGUUUGGAGAUAUCAAGACCUUAAAUCCAAGGAGCAUCAAUUGACAGAACCUAAUUUGUCAUUAUUUGACGACCCAGAUGCAGACGGUUGGCAAACUGGGUUAUGGAAGGCAGAUGCACAAAAUAUAGUUCGAAAACUUGAAGAGACUCCAGCAAACUUAAUGUACCCCUCUGCAUUUGCUGAGGCAGCUAUAGAUAUCCUAUGCCCAUGUGGAGUACACGUUGAAGUAAGAGACAGAGAUUGGAUCACGGAUAAGCAUAUGACUGCUUUCCUGGCAAUGUCAAGAUCUUCAUGUAAUCCCGCCAUGUUAUUGGAAUGCUCUUACUGUGGUGGUGGCGAAAGUGAUAAACCAGUAGUUUUAACUGGAAAGGGCGUAACUUUUGAUGCUGGUGGCCUAUGCCUGAAACGUCAUUCAAAGAACUUUGAAGAACAUCGUGCAGAUAUGGCAGGAGCCGCUGUUAUUGUUGGAGUUUUAAAGGCUAUGGCAAGGCUUCAAGUACCUAUGAAUGUUAAUGCUUUGAUUCCUUUGAUGGAAAACAUGCCCGGAAAUAUGGCAAUGAAGCCAGGAGAUGUUGUAGUAUCAUUGAAUGGUAAAACUAUUCGAAUAGAGAAUCCUGAUAAUGAAGGAAGGGUGAUACUUGCUGACUGCCUCACCUUCAGUAACGAAUACAAGCCCUGCCUCACGAUUAAUAUUGCUACACUUACAGCUGCAGUAAGACACGCCCUUGGUUCAUCUGCAUCUGCAGCAUUCUGUACCUCUGAGGUGGUGUGGAAGGAACUGGCUAAAGCUGGAGCUGAAACAGGUGAUAGAGUUUGGAGGUUUCCAGCGUGGAAAAUGUUCACAACUAAAGUUACUGAUUGGGAGGGUGUUGAUGUUCAUAACGUUGGUUGCGGAAGAGGAGGAGAUCCCUGUCUAGGAGCAGCAUUUUUAAUGGAAUUCGCUCCACCUGUGGACUUUCUGCAUUUGGACAUAACUGGUACCGGAAUGUCAGCAAGCGGUGCAUGUGGAAAUCCCCCGUAUUAUCGAAAAGGAUUCAUGACAGGAAGACCCACCAGAGCACUUCAGCAAUUCCUUUCUCAAAUGGCUUGUCCGCUGGAUAGGCCAACAACUUGUUGAAAAAUUCGUCAAACGUGAUGUCUAUAAAAGUGAUGUGCUAUGUAUAAUGACUCAUGCGGAUAUUAAAAACAUAUUUACAAUAUUUUAAAUAAACAUACGAAUCUUAACCAAUAAUGUUACCAAACAAGACAAUACGAGUCGUUAUGGUACAUACAUCUAAUUUUAAAUUUGCUUGCCUUAUCCUUAAAGAGAUUGACCUUACAGAUAUUACAAAACUAUCAUUACUAAUAAAUAUGUUAAAAAAUGAUAA